CUGCUUGUUUAUUGGCUGUGUCUGUGAUAACCUACCGAGUGUUCACAUUCAUCAUAAAUGCAGUCAUUCUCCGGUAUGUUACAUCUGAUGUCCUGGGCAUCAUCAAUGUCAGGCCGGCUCUACUCUACUCGACUGCCACCUUUGUCAGUGUGGAGGCUUUCCGUCGGGCGGCGCUGGGCGUGACAGAGAGCAGCAAGUGGCGCCAGGCCAUCAACUUGGUGUGGCUCAGCGUGCCCGUGUCAGCGGCGGUGUCGGCGGCGCUGGCCGGCCUCUGGCUGCACGCGCUCAGCCAGCCGGCGCCCGAGGUGACCUCAGAGUACCGUCUGGGCGUGUGGGUCACCGCGGCCAUGGUCGUACUGGAGACGGCCGCCCAGCCGCUGGUCAUCCUGGCGCAGGCCAUGCUCUUUGUCAAAUUGAAGGUGGUAGCCGACAUGGUCAGUCUGUGCAGUCGGGUGGCGCUCAAAGCCUGGCUGAUCGCCCUGUACCCGUCCCACGCCAUCUGGGCCUACUGUGUGGGCCACGCGGUCAGCUCCGCUCUCCUCGUGGUCAUCUAUUACGGCACCCUGCUCUGGCACGUCCGCUCACCGGAUAACUGUCUACCGGUGAAGUCGGCGAGCGAGCUGGGACCCAGACUGGUGCCGGGACAGCCGGCGCUGGACCGUGACCAGCUGGCCCUCACCUGGAGCUUCUUCAAACAAGGCCUUCUGAAGCAGUUGCUGACGGAGGGCGAGCGCUACCUGAUGACCGCCUUCCACCUGCUCGACUUCUCCGAGCAGGGCCUGUACGACGUGGUGGCCAACCUGGGCAGCCUGGCGGCCCGCUUCCUCUUUCAGCCAGUCGAGGAGAACGCCUACGUCUACUUCUCGCGCACAGUGGAACGGGGAAAGCCGGUGCCUGCCGCGGCGGGCCGGGUUCUGCACGACCUGCUGCGCGCCAUGAGCCUGCUCGGUCUGGUUGCCGUCACGUUCGGCUGGAGCUACUCCCACCUGCUGCUGCGGCUGUACGGAGGCGCCCUGCUGACCGCCGGUCCGGCCGUCAGUCUGCUGCGCGCCCAGUGCGCCUACGUGCUCCUACUGGCGGUGAACGGAGUGCUGGAGUGCUACACGUUCGCGGUGAUGCGCCAGGAACAGAUCAAUGGGUAUAACCGGAAGAUGGUGCUGCUAUCUGUGAUAUUCGUCAUCUCGACAGGGAUCUUUACUAGGCUAUUCGGCGGGGUUGGAUUUAUCCUCGCCAACUGCGUCAAUAUGCUGACCAGGAUAUACGUUUGUUACCGGUUCGUGGCCGGUCUGCCGCUGGAGCCGGCGGUGUCCGUGCCGCCGCUGCUCGGUCUCCGCCCGCCGCCCGCCGUGGCUGCCGCGCUGGUGACCGCCGGCCUGCUGGCAGCCGGCUCCGAGAGCUGGCUGUACCCCAGCUCCGCCGCCGCCCAUGUGGCUGUGGGCGCGCUCUGUGGGGCCGCCGUGGUGGCCGCGGCGGUGUACAGCGAGCCCCGCCUCCUCCAGGCGGUCAGGGAGCGGGUCGGGGAUAAACUGAAGCGCAGCUAGGGGGGAGUGCUACUCACAUGGUCACGCAGGGAAUAGGGGUUGUUUUGUUGUGAUAUUUAUGUGCAUUUUGGGUUGAAUAUACACCGUGCCUGUCAGUAGAGUGGAUCUAUCAAUUUUAAGACUGGUGCGACUGCAGGGGGCGUUGUGGCUAUCGCCCAUUUGAGAGCUGGACAGUGCUUGAAAGCAACUUCCUACCGAUGAAUUUUGGCAUUCAGAUCCUAAUUAUAGCCAUUUGUGAUGGACGAUGGCGAUGCAGGGGACGGCAGAGGAGGUGUGGGGAUGGCACCUCCCUGGAGCUUAUGGUAAUCGCGGAAUCCUAUUACCGUUUACCACCACUGCACAGCCAAAGUGGUAAGACCGGAGAGACGCGAUCAGGCCGGAUUGCCAGUUGUCGAUUCCUCUAUCGUUGUGGAGGUCGCUUGCAAAGUGAGAUGACUGCUUUUCGUAGAGGGCGGUAAAAUCGUGGCCGGUUAGCGUCUGGUAGGGCUUGUAGAAUAAUGAUGGGCACGACCGGGUGCUGUAUGCUAUAUGUGGUGACAGCGGCGUUCCUGAGCGUAGGGUGCAUCUCCUGCUCUGAAGUCCAGAAGUCCUUAUCGUUCUUGUGCAUUCACUUUGUCAGUGCCUGAUGUCAGUGUCAGUGUUUGUCAGUGUUUCAUUCUGUAGCAGACAUGCAGUCAUAUUUGGUUAAAUAGAACCUUGCAGUCUGA